AGCCGGCCCGCUGCCGCUCGGCCCCGGCCGUGGCCGGGCGGGGACUUGGCAGCAACUCCCCGGGAAAGAGCGAGAGUGCCUGCCCCCGCUGCCUCCGCUCCGCUGUGGCUUUUGGGUGGAGGAGGAGGAGGAGGGUCUGGGCUCGGCCGAGGAGCAGCAGCCGCCGGAGAGAAGAGACAGGAGGGAGAGAGAGACGGAGAGGCGACUGGAGCCCCCCAAAGUGCCCCCCCAUCCCUGCACUGCAGGCUACAUUUCCAGCUUCAUGGGAAAAGUGUGGAAACAGCAGAUGUACCCCCAGUACACCACCUACUACUACCCCCAGUAUCUGCAGGCGAAGCAGUCCAUUGUGCCAGCCCACCCAAUGGCUCCUCCUAGUCCCAGCACCACCAGCAGUAAUAACAACAGUAGUAGCAGCAGCAACUCAGGAUGGGAUCAAUUAAGUAAAACAAACCUUUACAUCAGAGCACUGCCUCCAAACACCACUGAUCAGGACCUGGUAAAAUUAUGCCAACCGUAUGGGAAGAUUGUAUCCACGAAGGCCAUUUUGGAUAAGACAACAAACAAAUGCAAAGGUUACGGUUUUGUUGACUUUGACAGCCCAGCAGCUGCUCAGAAGGCGGUUUCUGCUUUAAAGGCUAGUGGAGUCCAAGCACAGAUGGCAAAGCAACAAGAACAAGACCCGACUAACUUGUACAUUUCCAAUUUGCCACUUUCAAUGGAUGAGCAGGAGCUUGAGAACAUGCUGAAACCAUUUGGGCAGGUCAUCUCUACAAGGAUACUGCGGGACUCGAGUGGGACAAGCCGUGGUGUUGGCUUUGCAAGGAUGGAGUCAACAGAAAAAUGUGAAGCAGUGAUUGCUCAUUUUAAUGGAAAAUUCAUAAAGACACCAGCAGGAGUUUCUGUUCCUGCAGAACCUUUGUUGUGCAAGUUUGCUGAUGGAGGGCAGAAAAAGAGACAGAAUCAGAAUAAAUAUAUACAGAAUGGAAGAGCGUGGCACAGAGAAGGCGAGGUGAGACUUGCUGGAAUGACCCUCACGUAUGACCCAACCACAGCUGCUUUACAGAAUGGAUUUUAUCCAUCACCCUACAGUAUUACAGCAAACAGAAUGAUCACUCAGACAUCUAUUACGCCAUAUAUCGCUUCUCCGGUUUCCACAUACCAGGUUCAGAGUCCUUCUUGGAUGCAGCCUCAACCAUAUAUAAUGCAGCACCCAGGUGCCGUACUGACUCCCUCCAUGGACCACACCAUGUCACUACAGCCUGCAUCGAUGAUAAGCCCUCUGACACAGCAGAUGAGUCAUCUUUCCUUAGGCAGUACUGGAACAUACAUGCCAGCCACAACAGCUAUGCAAGGAGCCUACAUACCCCAAUAUACCCAUGUUCAGACAGCAGCGGUUCCGGUUGAGGAAGCCAGUGGUCAACAACAGGUUACAGUAGAGACGUCCAGCGACCAUUCUCCAUAUACGUAUCAACAGACUAAGUAACUGUGAGAUGUCCAGUGUUGACCUGGCCUGGAGAAGGGUGCAAAGGCUGAAACAAUCAUGGAUUUUACUGAUCAAUUGUGCUUUAGGAAUUAUUGACAGUUUUGCACAGGUUCUUGAAAAUGUUAUUUAUAAUGAAAUCAACUAAAACUAUUUUUGCUAUAAGUUCUAUAAGGUGCAUAAGAAAAACCUUAAAUUCAUCUAGUAGCUGUUCCCAUGAACAGGUUUAUUUUAGUAAAAAAAAAAGUUUUUAUCAAGUGUUAUGACGCAAAAAAAAAAAAAAAUCAAAUUUCUGGGUAUGCACAGAUGACCACGAAGACUUACUCACGUGCAUGACAGAGUUUGUGUUUGGAUUUAUUUUUAUUUCGUUUGUUUCCUUUUUUUUCAGUUUUUUUUUUUGUUUGUUUUGUUUCGUUUUUUAAUUGUAUGAAAUGGGUUUUCUGAAGUUUAAAAUAGUAAAACAUCUAAGAUGAUGUUCUGUGCUUGCAGUGUGUGAGUGUUGCUUUAGUGCAGUGUUGCAGUUAUAGUGUCUGGUCUUUUAGCUUUCUGUUUUUCUUUUAAUGUAGUGUGAAGUGUCUUAUCUUUUUCUAUGAAUUCCAAUUUGCCUUAAAUCUUUCAAUGCUGUAGCUGUUUCAGUAAGUAGUCCAAACUAAUGGUGUAGAAUGCUUUGACCAAAUGAGCUGGUCUAUUAUGCCUUGUAAAACAGCAGCAUAGGGCUUUUAAAGUUAGUCAAUAAAAAUUGCUGAAAAUUUGGCUUUUUU